UAUGUUUGGCCAGAACAAGGAGUGUUGGUGGGAGAGACUAUAAGGACACAGUUGAUGCUAAAACCAACUAGCCAAAACCAAUUCUAAAAUUAAAUAUCGGUUUGGGCGUCAGGCGUGUCCUUAUAUUAUUUUCCAGUGUGGGUAGCCAGGCAAACCACUCAACACUGGAUUGGUGCAGCUAUGGACAAAUUGGCGCCAUUUUGAAUCAGAGAGGAGGAUCACAGUGGUAGAGGGAAAGACGAUUGGCUACAAUUCAUCAAAUAAGCAAGCAGCCAAUGGAGAGCAUGGCUAACUCAAAGGGUCGGGCCACAGAUGGCAAGAUCACCUAUCCGACCGGGAUGAAGGAGAUCUCGGACAAGAUCUCCAAGGAGGAGAUGGUCCGCAGGCUCAAGAUGGUGGUGAAGACAUUCAUGGACAUGGACCAGGACAGUGAGGAGGAGAAAGAGCUGUACCUGAACCUGGCGCUCCACCUGGCCUCUGACUUCUUCCUAAAGCACCCGGACAAGGACGUACGCCUCCUAGUGGCCUGCUGCCUGGCCGACAUCUUCAGGAUCUACGCCCCUGAGGCCCCCUACACAUCACCAGACAAACUCAAAGACAUAUUUAUGUUCAUAACUCGUCAGUUGAAAGGACUGGAGGACACCAAAAGCGCCCAGUUCAACAGAUAUUUCUACUUACUGGAGAAUAUAGCCUGGGUGAAGUCUUACAACAUCUGCUUUGAGUUGGAGGAUAGUAAUGACAUCUUCACUCAACUCUACAGGACCCUGUUCCAGGUUAUCAACAAUGGCCACAACCAGAAGGUCCACAUGCACAUGGUGGACCUGAUGAGCUCCAUCGUGUGUGAGGGGGAUUCGGUCUCCCAGGAGCUGUUGGACACUGUCUUGGUUAACCUGGUCCCUGUCCAUAAGAACUUGAACAAGCAGGCGUACGACCUGGCAAAAGCUCUGCUGAAAAGGACUGCUCAGGCCAUCGAGCCAUACAUAACUAACUUCUUUAACCUGGUGCUGAUGCUGGGGAAGACGUCGGUCAGCGACCUGUCGGAGCACGUGUUCGACCUGAUCCUCGAGCUCUACAAUAUCGACAGCCACCUCCUCUUGUCGGUGCUGCCGCAGCUAGAGUUUAAACUCAAGAGCAACGACAACGACGAGAGGCUACAGGUGGUGAAACUGCUGGCCAAAAUGUUUGGAGCCAAGGACUCUGAACUCGCAGCGCAAAAUAAACCUCUGUGGCAGUGUUAUCUCGGAAGGUUCAAUGACAUCCACGUUCCCAUUCGACUGGAAUGUGUGAAAUUUGCCAGCCAUUGUCUGAUGAACCACCCUGACUUAGCCAAGGACCUGACAGAGUUUUUAAAGGUGAGGUCCCACGACCCCGAAGAAGCCAUCCGCCACGAUGUCAUUGUGUCCAUCGUGGCGGCGGCUAAAAAGGACCUAGUGCUCGUCAACGACCAGCUGCUGAACUUUGUGAGGGAGAGGACGCUUGACAAGAGGUGGAGGGUGCGUAAAGAGGCCAUGAUGGGUCUGGCUCAGAUCUACAAGAAGUACUCUCUCCAGGCAGAGGGAGGGAAGAAGGAAGCCUCCAAACAGAUCUCCUGGAUCAAGGACAAACUGCUCCACAUCUACUACCAGAACAGCAUCGAUGACAGGUUGUUGGUGGAGCGCAUCUUUGCCCAGUACAUGGUUCCUCACAACCUGGACACCACGGAGAGGAUGAAGUGUCUGUAUUACCUCUAUGCCACAUUGGAUGACAAUGCUGUGAAAGCUCUGAACGAGAUGUGGAAGUGUCAAAACAUGCUCCGGCAUCACGUCAAAGAUCUCCUGGAUCUGGUCAAACAGCACAAAAGCGAGUCCUACCAGAAAGCAGUGUUUGCCAAAGUCAUGAUCAUCACACGAAAUCUGCCAGACCCAGGCAAAGCCCAAGACUUUGUGAAAAAGUUUGCCCAGGUGCUGGAGGAGGAUGAGAAGAUCAGGAAACAGCUAGAGACUCUGGUCAGCCCCGACUGCUCCUGCAAGCAGGCCGAGGGAUGUGUGAGAGACAUCACUAAGAAGCUUGGAAGCCCCAAACAGCCCAGCAACCCCUUCCUAGAGAUGGUCAAGUUCCUGCUGGAGAGGAUCGCUCCUGUCCACAUAGACACUGAGUCUAUCAGUGCCCUGGUCAAGCAAGUGAACAAAUCUAUCGAGGGGACAGCCGAUGAUGAUGAAGAAGGCGUGCCAAUUGAAGACGCCAUCAGAGCUGGCCUAGAGCUGUUGAAGGUGCUGUCGUUUACUCAUCCGGUGUCGUUCCACUCUGCCGAGACGUUUGAAUCUCUGUUGGGCUGUCUCAAGAUGGAGGACGAGAAGACGGCAGAGGCCGCCCUGCAGAUCUUCAAAAACACUGGCGCCAAACUGGAGGAGAAUUUCCCUCACAUCAAGUCGGUGUUGUUACCCGUCCUACAGCAGAAGGCCAAGAAGGGUCCUCCUCGCCAGGCCAAGUACUCCAUCCACUGUAUCCACGCCAUGUUCACCAACAGAGACACACACUUCGCACAGAUCUUCGAGCCUCUCCACAAGGGACUGGGCACGGCGGACCAUGAGGAGCUGAUCACCUCUCUCACCACCCUGGGCCACCUGUCCCUGCUGGCCCCAGAGCAGUUCGCUGGGCCCCUCAAGUCCCUGGUGGCCAACUUCAUUGUCAAGGAUAUGCUCAUGAACGACAGGGCACCAGGUAACAAGACAACCAAGCUGUGGGUUCCGGAUGAUGAAGUUUCCCCAGAAACUCUGGCAAAGAUCCAGGGCAUCAAGCUGAUGGUGCGGUGGCUUCUCGGAGUCAAGAACAACCAGAGUAAAUCGGGCAACUCCACUCUGAGGAUGCUAACAGCCAUACUGAACAGUGACGGGGACCUGACAGAGCAGGGCAAGAUUGGGAAGCCUGAUAUGUCCCGGCUGCGUCUGGCUGCGGGGUGUGCUGUCCUGAAGCUGGCUCAGGAGCCCUGCUACCACGAUAUCAUCACCUUAGAGCAAUACCAGCUCUGUGCUCUGGUCAUCAACGACGAGUGUUAUCAGGUGCGGCAGGCCUUUGCCCAGAAGCUCCACCGGGGUCUAUGUCAUCUGCGUCUGCCCCUGGAGUACCUGGCUGUGUUCGCUCUGUGCGCCAAGGACCCCAUGAAGGAGCGGCGGGCGCAUGCACGUCAGUGUCUGGUCAAAAACAUCAACCUCAGGAGGGAGUACCUGAAACAGCACGCCGCCAUCAGUGAGAAGCUGUUCUCUCUGCUGCCAGAGUACGUGGUGCCGUACGCCAUCCACCUUCUAGUUCACGACCCAGACUACGUCAAGGUGCAGGACAUCGAGCAGCUCAAAGACAUCAAGGAGUCCCUGUGGUUUGUCCUGGAGAUCAUCAUGGCUAAGAACGAUAACAACAGCCAUGCCUUUAUUAGGAAGAUGGUGGAGAACAUCAAACAGACGAAAGACAGACAGGCACCCAACGACACCAGGAUUAACGAGAAACUGUACACAGUGUGUGAUGUGGCCAUGAACAUUGUCAUAUCCAAGAGCACUACAUACAGUCUGGAGUCACCAAAAGACCCUGUCCUGCCCGCUCGCUUCUUCACUCAGCCGGACAAGAACGCCAGUAAUACAAAAAACUAUCUCCCGCCAGAGAUGAAGUCCUUUUUCACUCCAGGAAAGCCCAAAGCGGCCAACGUGCUCGGGGCAGUCAACAAGCCCCUGGCCUCGGCCGGGAAGCAGACCAAGCUGAGCUGCAUGGAGACGGUCAGCAACGCCAGCAGCAACUCCAACCCUGACUCCCCUGGACGCAGCAAAGGGAGGAUCGACAGUGCCGAGGUGGACCACAGUGAGAAUGAGGAUAUCACGGUCAUGAAUAAUCCGGCUGCUCAGGAUGGCGACAGCAAGCCCGGCCGGGGACGCAAACGAGGGGCCGCCGCUGCCAGCCAGGAGGACAAGGCAGGCCAGGAGGCUAAGCCCAAACGAGGGCGGAAGAAGGAGCCGGCGGCUAACACCAGUGAGGGGGAGGAGCCGUGGUCCGAGACCAGUGCCGCAGACACCACUCUGGAGACGGAAGACGAGCAGAACAAUCCUCCCAAAAGAGGUCGCAGGGGACGGCCCCUGAAGGCUGCUAAGGCCAAGGAUGACACACUUACCAAGGGCACGAGGGGCCGAAAGAAGGCUGCUUGUCAAGCUGAGGAGGAGGAAGAGGAGCAGGGAGAGGAAGAAGAUGGAAGCAGUGAGAACAUGGAAGUGAAGCCCACGGUGCAGAGAGGAGGCAGGGCACCACGGCGGUCGCAGCAGAGAGUGGAGGCCUCAAAGGCCACAGACGACUCUGCAGAAUCCACUCCACAGAAAAGACGGGGGAGACCUCCCAAAUCACAGCGACAGCCAGCCAAGAAAAAUCUUAAAGAGAACAAGUCCAAGGUGGAGGAGAUGGAGAUGUCUCAGAGUCAGGAAGAGGAGGAGAGCAAGACCACACCCAAAGUGCAAAGGAAGACGGGCAGGAGAAGAUGAGACAGAGAGCGUGUUUUUUCUCCACUGUCAGGAGGACUGUGACCAGGAGAAUGAGGACAGAUGGAGAGGAGCUGUACAUGCAUGUGUCCUUGAUGUUCAGUUGUUAAGCUUUGCCACACACACAUCCACCUUGGUUUGUCUAACGUAGUUAUGUGUGCCGCCGACCACGUGAACGAUCCAAACUGAUGAAAAUAAAUGUAAAUAGUCUCUCUUGGCUUUUUUCCCCCCUGUGCUGGGGAGGCAGUUGUGUAGCUUUUAUCUCCCAGCUUUAAGAUAUCGCAUCAGCUCUAACUGUCAUAGUGAAUGUUUGGAAUCAACUCAUUUUUCAGUAUUUUUCAGGUGCUUUUUUCUGUAUCGUUCUGUGACGAGGAAAAAACAGUGUUGUAGAUUUGAUUUGUUAAGUUUAUUUUUUAAUUUGUUUUUGUUACUUCGUUUGUGUACUCCUGUUUGCAUUAUAUUGUGCAUGUGCAAAGGUGCCAAUACAUAAUACGAUUAAAACAAGUGAUCAAUCCAAGAUUAAAUCAAGUAUUUGGUCCAUUUUGCUGCCCAGUAUUGUUUUAUCAGUGUUUUGAGACGGAGAAAGAAGAGUAUUAAAUAGAAAAUAAUACAAUUUCAACUAAUUGAAAUUUGUUUUUGGCUGUGUGCAGAGAGGAAAUGCAAUUUCCUCAUACAUUUUUCCAGUCUGUUUAAUCAAUAAAAUAUUCUAUAUGAAA